AAACGAAACGCGUUUGUGGCUUCAGACGGCGAGUGGCAGUCGUGCAAUAAAGUCGUAGUAUUCCAAAGUUUCCGAAGGCCAACACAAAAUAAUAAUUCCCCCUUCUGAAAAGUUGGUCAGGCAACUUUUUCGCUGAAUAAAAUAUACGUAAAAAAUUCCUUUUACUCUGUAACAUAAAUUUUGGGAAAAAUCCUCUACUGCUAUAGAUGACCGAAAAGGAUACCGUCUCGAUGACUACCGUUCAACUGAAGCCCGAUUAUGCGGCUAGCGAGGUCUACAGUACCGCCAGCGAACCGCCACCGAUGGGAUUUUUUAACUUUAAUCAUCAGGCCUACAAGCGCCAGGCAAACUCGGUGAAAAUUGCCAAAAUCACCGCCUUUACCAUCAUUGUAUCAUCCUUUAUUCUGGGAGCCUUUAUCCUGGCCUCAUCGUAUCUGCAGGCCAAGGCCUCGUGCGAUCAGGUUCAGGCUUUGGAUUCAGUCCUGGAAAAGGAGCUAAUGCUGGAGACUCUGCAGCAAGUGGGCAAGGAACUUCCCCGUGCUGAGCCUCUGCUGGGUGCCGCUGGAACUGGCGACGAGUCUGAGUUGCAAAAUCUGGAUACGGAAAGCCGCAAGGCUGAACAUAGCCAGGAUGCUGAUAGCAAUGACAAGGACAACUCGUAUUCCGAUAGCGAUGAGACCGAUGAAAUGCAGAAAUAUCCUGGCAAAAUGCCGCUCGAGCUGGACUUGAGCGAUCUGGCUGCCGCCAUUCUGCGUAACAACAAGAAAUCCCGCAUGAACUGCGUGGUGGAGCGCAAGCACGCCGAGGAGAUUGUCGACUCACCCUCCAAGACUGUGGCCUUGCCUUUCGGCGUUAACCUGACCACCGAUCCCAAGAAGGCCCGCAUCACCGGUGAGCGCAUCUCCAUUUUCUGCGAUGGCGGUGAGGAUAAGGAGAAGGAGGAGAAGGAGGCCAAGCGCCAGCGGGAGCAGGAGGAAGAGGAUUCCGAUGAGGAUGCCGAGCCCAUGCGCCCCAUGUUCAUUCCCUUCCAGCGUGUCAACAUUCCCUUUGGCCGCAUUCCCGAUCAGAUGCCUCUGACCCACAUGCCUCAGCGCAUGAUGCCCCCAGCCAUGCAGAUGCACCAGCAGUUGCCCCAGCAACAGCAGCAGGGACCCAUCAUCAUUCGCCAGCUGCCUCCUCCGUUCCAGCAUCUGCCCAUGCGUCCGCCCAUGCCACCACAGGUGAUGCAGGCCCCUCGUAUGGAGUCCUCCGAGGAGAUGCAAAUGCCCAAGAUCCAGACCCUUCGCAUUCACAUGCAGCAGCUGCCCUUCCGUGAGAUCCAUGUGGCCAAUGAUGUGCCCGUCCAGAUUCCCGCCCAACAGCAGCAGCGUCAGGAGAUGCAGCACCGCCAGGAGAUGCAACAGCGUCAGGAGAUGCAGCACCGCCAGGAGAUGCAGCAGCGUCAGGAGCAGCGUGACAUGCCCCAGAUCCAGAUCCAACCUAUGCCUUUCGGUAUGGCCCUGCAGCGCGUUGGCAUCACUCCCGAGGAUCUGAGGAACAUCCAGCGCAUGGCCGAGGAUCGCAUCACCGAUGAGCUGCGUCGUCUGGCCGCCGAGGAGGGUGCCGAGUCCAGUGAGGGCAGCGAGGAGGAUGUCUCCUCAUCUGGCGAGCAGGCCACCACCGAGUCGCAGUCCCAAUCCCAGUCCCAGUCAACGGUGCUCCAGCAGCAGCAGGCUCAAACCGAGCAGCAGCAGGAGGAGCAGCAGCAGCAGCAGCAGCAGCAGGAGUCUCAGGAGCGUCAGGAGCAGCCCGAGCAGCCACAGAUGCGCAUCCAGCGACUGAUCCUGCAGCCACUGCCUGAGCAGCCCCGCGAUACCAUGACCCCGCCCAUGCCCGACCAGCCCCAGCAGCUGCCCUUCGGACGCAUGGUCUAUGGCCGCAGCCUGGCCACACCCGUCCGCAUCCCGGUGCCCAUGAUGCAGGCCAUGCAGGAGGGUGGACCCGCUGCCCAGGAGGAGUCCCAGCGACCACACUUCGUCCAACCUCGUUCCGUUUAAGUAACAAGAAGACCACGCCUGUGAUUGCUGCUGUGCGAAUCGAAUCUCGACGAGAGGGAUAAAACCGAGAAGAACUAGGAGAAGGAGUCAUCAUGUCACCAACAAAAAACCCGAAGAAUCUAUUGAAUUGUAACCGAGUCGUCUCGAUUUGUUUUGUUAUUAAAGCAGCUUAAAAAAAAUUAAGAAAGAAAUGUUGAAAAAAAAACCAACGCCAAAAGUAUAACAAGAAUCUUUCAAAAAACUCUUUUAUACCAUUUUGGGCCUUCUUCUAAACCUCUUUCUCUAUAUAAUUCAUAUUUGUAUAUUUUAUAUUACUCCGUGUAUUACAUUCCAAUC